CACACUGCGCAUGCUCCAACCGCGGCGCCCCCGACACCGCACUCGGCUGGGUUCGGGCAUUUCCGCCUCUUUGUUUUAAACUCCGCACGGCUUUUUUCUCCUCCUCUUGGGGGGGACCCAGAGGGAGCGGCGCCCCCUCCCCCUCCCGGCGAGCCCCCGCGUGCGCCCGCUCGCCCGCCGCCCGAGACGCAGACUUCACAAUGUAGCCCUGAUUCCAGGCUGUCAUUCACAGAAAAUGGGAAAGGAACAAGGGACAGAAGGAAGGUGCAGAAGCCAGCCAGAACACAGAGUAAGGAGGGAUCAUCACAUCCACUUGGUGGCCUGAAGCCUCCAUGCCACCGGGUGAGGAAGGACUCACAGACAUCCAGAAGAGAAGCCAAAGAUGUUGACCAGGAAGAUUAAACUCUGGGACAUAAACGCCCACAUCACGUGCCGCCUGUGCAGCGGCUACCUCAUUGAUGCAACUACAGUGACUGAGUGUUUGCACACAUUCUGCAGGAGCUGCCUGGUGAAGUAUCUGGAGGAGAAUAACACCUGCCCCACGUGCAGGAUCGUGAUCCAUCAGAGCCACCCACUGCAGUAUAUUGGUCAUGACAGAACCAUGCAGGACAUUGUUUACAAGCUGGUACCAGGCCUCCAGGAAGCGGAAAUGAGGAAACAGAGAGAAUUCUAUCACAAACUGGGCAUGGAGGUACCAGGUGACAUCAAGGGGGAGGCGUGCUCAGCCAAACAACACUUAGAUCCCCGCAAUGGUGAAACCAAAGCAGACGAGGGUUCCAAUAAAGAGACAGCAGAAGAGAAGCAGGAGGAGGACAACGACUACCACAGGAGUGACGAGCAGGUCAGCAUCUGUCUGGAAUGCAACAGCAGCAAACUACGGGGCCUGAAGCGCAAGUGGAUCCGAUGCUCAGCCCAAGCCACAGUGCUGCACCUGAAGAAGUUCAUCGCCAAGAAGCUCAAUCUGUCCUCCUUCAAUGAGCUGGACAUUUUAUGCAACGAGGAGAUCCUGGGCAAGGACCACACUCUCAAGUUCGUGGUUGUUACAAGGUGGAGAUUCAAGAAGGCGCCCCUCCUGCUACACUACAGACCCAAGAUGGACUUGCUGUAAGCCCAGCCAGACUCAGCCCACACCCAGCGCUCUACACGGCAGAACGAGCCGUGGAAUGUUGCCUCUGGGUGCCAUGUGGACCAGAUUUCUGAAUAGAGAAUAUUUAUAACUUUUGUAUGAGAGAAUCCACUCCCAACAAGACACUACCAGCACGCGUUUACAGAGGAUGAAAACACUUCGCAGUUCGCUCGUCUCUGCUUCAGGUCCCCAGGCCAGAGAAUAAGUGAAAUAGUGACACGUUUCCACACCACGACUGAAUACAGCACCUCUGCUUGCUUUCCAAGUCUUGAGACUCUGAGUUCGUUUUGAUUUAAUUCAUGAAUUAGGUUUCAUGAUAAGCCUCAAAAAUACUUGUACUUUCAUUAAGUCCUUCCUAAGUUAUUGAAAGUCUUUUCGUGGUAUAUAUUUAUGUUGCCUUUAGCUCCCUGAAGACGUAAGAGAUAUAUAAAAAUUUAAUUUAAAGUAUACCCAAAGAGGCUUGCAGUAAUACUGUUAUUUAGCCAUGGUGUUUCAUUUCCCGCUUUCUAGAGUACAGGAGAGGACCAUUCCCCAGUUUGAUUGAGCCUUGUGCUGUGCACCUGGGAUUGGCCUGUGCUGGGUGGGUAAGGCAAGACCCUUCCUCACUCCCAAUGUCGUGUGGCUGCAAUUCCGGUACCUUCAGUAAGGCAAACUAGAGGCGAUACGGCCAGUGCAGCACUGGCUUGUUGAAAGUUCUUGAAGUAAUUUUCCUUGGAAAGGCCAUUACUGAACUUCCCGUCUUUCUCUGUUUGUUUUUCUUCUGCUGGCAAGAUGUGGUGGCGGCUAUGUUUGUCAAUUAACAAACAGCACAAGCCAUCCUUUGGGGAGACCUUGUAAAGACACUUGGGAGGGGGCCUCUAGCCUCCAUGUUCCUGGCCGUUGGUAUUCCCAGGCUUGCCUUCCUGCUCACGGGGUUAACAUGCAUUCAUUGGGUUCCUUUUUCAGGACAGGUAACUGAGCAACCUGUUCAGCAGAAGUUGCUUUUUUUAAUCACAGACAGGAUACUAUUUGUUAGCCUGCUCCUUCACAUGUAAUUUUGUUUCGUUUUGUUUCAUUGGGCCAGAGAAUAAGAUGCCAGCCUAUCCAACUUUAUUCUCUCUUAAGGGAUAUGAAGGCAAGAGUAAGGAGAAGGGGUUCUGCCCUGGGCCUCCCAGGGACCUCUCUCAGUCUGGGUGCCCUCUUAGCUCCCCCACUUCCUGCCCUCCCAGACCCCAUGGGAACUGUAGAACCCUGUGAUCCCUGCGGUACCUCUGCUCUCGGCGGGCAGAUGAGGGUCUUAGUGUGUCCCUUAGGGCCAGGCUUUCAGAGUCUUCGCCUUAGCAACUGGAAUUUUUCUUGGAUUUGCUUUGACAGUUGGGAUUGGGUUUCUCAAUACCCUCUUUUCUUCUACUUCCUCUUUUACUUACACAGUGUCAGAAGCAGCGACUAGUGAGACCUAACGUUACUAAAGAUAAAACAUCCAAAUUAGCUCAAUCGUUAAUGUGUGACCUUCUAAAACAAAAGCAAGUUCUUUGUUUGGAAUUGAUCAAAAUUCACCUCUCUAUUUAAGCCCAGGACUGUUUGGAUUAUUCAGUUUCCUGAGUUUGCUAUUCAUCCAAAUCAUUUCUAGAGUUAUUAUUCAAGGGUUUAUGCGUAAAUAUUACCUGUCUACCUCAGAACACAAGUGCUGCUGCAACAUUCUGCAAGACCGUGUUCUCACAAUGCAGUUACAUUAGAAUUUAGGUAUUUUCCCCAUGUGGUGAGAUUAAAGAAGAGUUAAACAGUUAGAAACCUCCAAAUUAAAAUAAAGUCAAUUUACAGUUCAGAUCAAACUUAGUAUGGCUGUAUGAUCUCAUGAUAUAUAUUUGUAACUUUGUAGCUACUUUUAGAACCACUUGACUUUGCUAUGGUGCUAAGUUGAUAGAUCUAAGUAUUCAGCGAGGCAGACAUCGCACCUGAUGUCCUAGCUGGGCGCCACUGCCCCAAUAGCCCUGCUUCUGUCACCACGUUAAACCUGAUAAACCUCAGCAGCAAAAAAAAUACCUAUUUUUCUAAGAUUCCAUCACGCGCCUGUCUGCACUGCAGGCAGUUUCCCAAUGCCCUUCCGCCCUUUGGUCUGACCUGUAGCCUUACCUCGCUCAUAGAUGAAGCAGAGUGCUUGCGUCAGAUGGAAGCUUCCAGGCGCCUUGUUUCACUCCUGCAAAGCUCCAUGUGACACCCAAGGCCAAAUUUUAUUUUUUUCCAGCAUGAACACUAGGAUCAGUUGGUGAUUGAUCCUGUCCAGCUUUCUCAGCAGGCGGAGCUCCUGUGAAGUUGUUUUCAUAGCUGCCGAUGCUAGAAAUCGGUGCGUCCAACUGGCAGCCCCGGGACCAGCCUCCCAGCACGUGGUCUCGCUCAAUACCGUUUUCACGGAAAAUAGAAAACUCAGAUAGAAUAUAUAAUAUUGAAUUUAAGAUUUGGGGGGUUAAAAAAAGAAAACUUAACUUUAUAAAAUUAUUUAUUCUAUUUUAAGCCUUCUAUCAUAUUUUCCCAUCCAGUUGUUUGGUUUCUGUGGUCCAGCUUUAUUUACAGGCAUAUAAGAUAAAAUUGUGAGAUGUUUUGCAAGCUUCUUUUACUUUUUGUAGCCUUUGGUUUGUAUGUUUUUAUAGGGAUGAAGAGCAUUUUUAUGCUUUUGUGCAAUAGGCUCCAACAUGCAUUUACUAGAGUGUUUAAAUUGUGAUCUAGCAUCGAUUCUACUAAACUGAAAGGGAAUAUGGGUGGAAUUUCAAUAUCUGUGCAUUCAGCUAUUUGGUUUUGCCUUUUCCACUGUUAUAAGAAUGCUGUAAACUGGGAUUGCGUGAGUGUGUGUGUGUGUGUGUGUGUGUGUGUGUGUGUGUGUGUGUAGAUAUGUUCCAUCGAUAUUAAAAGAUAAGCAGCCAGGCAGGAAGUGAUGAGAUGGCGCCAUGUUAGGCUUGGCUUCGACUGUGGGUACACCCAAGUCCUUGAGCUGAGUAUGUGGCUGAGCCAUCCUGGGAGUUGGGGUUUCAUUGUCUCCACCUAUAAACCUGGCAGUGCUGCUUUUCAUAGGCCUACUGGCCCCUGAUGCCUGCCCUGGCAUCAGGAUCUUUAGAGGCUGGUGUGUUUUGUUUCUGAGGGCAUACAGGGUGGUGUAUCACAGUGCUCUGAAAUGUAUCAUUAGAUUACAUGUUCCAGGAAUGAGCCAACUGAGUUCUACUUUAUGUAUCAAUAUAUAAUGUGCUCCUAAAACACUUAAAUUUAGUGCAGAUAGUGAUCUCUCUCUCUCUCUCUCUCUCUCUCUCUCUCUCUCUCUCUCUCUCUCUCUCUCGCUCUCUCUCACACACACACAGACACACACACACACACACACAGUAUCUGUUUCCUCAGGAAAUCAUUUAAGCCCCAACACAUCACAGGUGACCUUAACAUGAAAACAAGUUUUCUCUGCCUUGAUCUUAAAUAUACCAAGUAAACAAACUGGGAUACACAGAUUAGAAGAAUCACUUACUUGUACCACCACAGUCUGCAUAUCUUGCAUUCCUCCGGGCAGGGAGUACUACCAUUCAGGCCCCCAACAGGAACAGCUGUGUGGUGCCGUGGCUCGCACAGCCAGUGUUCCUAAUGUCACUUACUCCCAUCCAAGAGCACAUUUGGAGAAAGACGUGUGUGUCGCUUUAGCACGUCAGUUCGAGCUCUCAACAUGACACACUUCUCCCAAGUGAAAGUAACAUCAGCUCACAGACAGCAGUACCACUGAGCUCUCUGACCUUGGAAUGCAGCCACAACUAACAAUUGUCAUGGUGUAUGAAAUGAUGCAGAUUCAGAUUUUUGACUGUUUAAUUUGAAAGUUUACAUUUUUUAUGAUUGUGUUAGUGUGUAAUUUUUGUACCAUCAGUGGCUAGUUUUUGUCUGAAAUCUUUUUUGGAAUAUUGCUUAAUGUUUUGAUUUCAUGAUAGUGAAGCUUGUAUUCAGUGUUUUGCCAAUUAAUAAUUAUAUGCUUGUAAUAAAAGCAGAAGAAAAACUUAA